AUGGCUGCUAAGGCAAUCGCGAUUGUCGCUGGUGUCGGCUCCGGCACCGGAGCGUCCAUUGCCAGGAAGUUUGCCAAGUCGUAUCCAGUUGUGCUGCUUUCCAGGAACCCAACUAACUAUCAGCCUAUUGUUGAGGAGAUCAAUGCUGCUGGCGGCAAGGCGGUUGGAUUCAGCACCGAUCUAGCGGACCUCAAGAGCGUUCAGAGCACCUUCGACAAGAUUGCAAAAGAGUUCCCCAGUGCUCUGCUUGCUGCUGCUAUCUUUAACCCUGGUGGAGGCUUUGUACGCAAGCCAUUCUUGGAGUUGACGGAAGAGGAAUUUCUGUCCGGAUUUGAGAGCCAAGGAAAGGGCGCAUUCAACUUUUCGCAGGCCACUCUUCCGUUGCUCCUCAAAGCUACGUCUCUGGAACACCCACCGUCGCUGAUCUUCACUGGUGCUACCGCUAGUGUCCGAGGCUCUGCCAACUGUUCUGGAUUUGCCAGUGGAAAGUUCGCGCUUCGAGCGCUUUCUCAGAGUCUAGCUCGAGAGUUCGGACCGCAAGGUGUCCAUGUUAGCCACGUCAUCGUGGACGGAGUCAUUGAUAUUCCCAGGACCAAGUCCUGGAAGUUCGACCAUCCCGAUGCCAAGAUUAGUCCGGAUGCUAUCGCCGAUUCAUACUGGUUCUUGCACACCCAGCCCAGGACGACGUUCGCAUUCGAAGUCGACUUGCGUCCUUACGUUGAAAAAUGGUAA